CGGUACGACAGCCCCAGCCUGGAGAAUUUACAACGCGUACAUCGGUUUUGUAUCUGUUUUGUAUGUGUCGAAUGUUGUCAGGCUUGCGUUAGUAAACUGUAGAACGUCUAAAAAAAUCCGGAUUCCUGAAUCUAGUAAUCGUGUCCCCCAGGAAUAUUCAACUUAGGUAUUUUCUUUGUCAGCGUAUCGGAUUCUCCUUGGUUAAUUAGCCUACAUCAUGGCGAUUCGCAUCCCGCAGCAUAAACCGUUGUUUGGUGCCUGCCGAUCCGUUUUUGAAAUACAAUCAUGGAAAAGUUUUGGCGGUUUAGAAAACACAGCUGCCAGUCAGAAGAAACAUGAGUUCGCGAUCCAGUCCUCUCCUGUUUACUUUUCAACUAAGAAACCAUCGUCUCAGCGAACUCCCUUGUAUGAUUUACACACCAGUUUGGGCGCCAAAAUGGUGGAUUUUGGUGGCUGGUCAAUGCCGUUGAUUUAUCAGGACCAGUCCAUUUCGGAAUCUCACAUCCAUACUCGGAAACACUGCAGUAUUUUUGAUGUGUCUCACAUGCAACAGCUGGUCAUUCACGGCAACGAUCGGCAUGAGUUCUGGGAAUCUGUUUGCGUGUCGGAUGUUAAAGAGCAACCGGAAAACAGCGGCACAUUAAGUUUGUUAACCAACGAGAACGGUGGCAUCAUUGAUGAUACGGUGUGGAUGAAUACCAGUCGCGGACAUCUCUUCGUUGUCGUUAACGCCGGUUGUGCGGCAAAAGAUCUAGAAUAUCUAACGAAAAAAGUCUUGGACUUCCAGAAGAAGGGGAAGGCUGCUCAAAUGGGCGUCGUGACUGUGCAGGAAAGAGCUUUGAUUGCGGUUCAAGGACCGGAAAUGUCAAGAGUUAUUCAACCCGGCUUAAAGGAUUCGUUGGAUAACUUGGAAUUCAUGCAGACUACGUUUUGUACAUUGUACGGAUUUGAGGGAUGCCGAAUAACCAGAUGCGGCUACACCGGCGAAGAUGGCGUCGAGAUAUCCUGUCUUUCCAAAGAUGCUGCGCCAUUAUGUGAUAUAUUAUUAAAGUCGCGUGAAGGGCAGGUACGAAUGGCUGGUUUGGGAGCCAGGGAUUCACUCCGGCUGGAAGCCGGUCUGUGUUUGUACGGAAACGAUAUUAACGAGCAAACGACACCGGUAGAAGCUAACCUGACCUGGACGAUAGGAAAACGCCGUCGCAAAGAGGGUGGAUUUCCGGGUGCAGAGAAAAUCCUUCCGCAAAUCAAAAGUGGCGUGCAGAAAAAACGCGUAGGAAUUAUUUCCACUGGAGCACCUGCCCGAAAGGGCUAUGCUAUUGUCGAUGAGAAAGGAGAACAAGUUGGCGAGGUUACUAGUGGAUGCCCCGCACCGUCCUUGGGAACAAAUAUUUCGAUGGGUUAUGUGAACACGUCGCUGUCAAAGCCUGGUACGCCUUUGCGAAUCAAAGUGCGCAACCAGAUUGUGGAGGGAAAAGUUUCGAAAAUGCCUUUUGUGCAGGCAAAUUAUUACCAUGCCAAAGGACAUAAACAGAGCUAAUGUCUGGCGUUACUGUAUUAUAACGCGCUAAGCAAAAGUAUGUAACUCGCUCACCUAUGAUUCCGUUAUGUUUUUGGUUUCGCUUUCGUUCGAUUUUUAGCCUGUGCAAAGAUAACGGGAACUGCAGCUUUGCAUCGUAUGAACUGCAUUCGGUUUUUUGCUACUUAUUGUUAGUUGUUUGAGUUAAUAAUCAUUUGCGCAAAAAAACCAAAGCUCCGUAGUUGUAUUUGACCGGCGGUUAGCUUCAUUUGCCGCAUAACGGAAACACCGCGAUAAAUUU